AGGGAUGACUCCCCCGGGUCAGUGAAGUAGUCAGCCUUUGCCAUCAAAGGAGUUGGGCCUGUUCAAAAAAUGAUAAAAUCAUACGAACAAAAGAAAUAUCGCUUUGGACUAAAGUAUGCGAGGACAAUUUUGAGUAAUCCGAAUUUCGCUGAACAUGGAGAAACCUUAGCAAUAAAGGGGCUCAUUCUUAACAUGGGUAAGCAACAAGAAGCACAGGAAUGUGUGAAAAGAGGUUUGAAGGCUGAUUUGAAAUCUUAUGUUUGCUGGCAUGUAUACGGGCUUGUUCAAAGGCAUACAAGCGAGCUUUAA